GGCGAAGGCUGCAUUCCCACCAUUAGCGCCCCUCCUUCGACUUCCACACCAAGAAGGAGGGGAAAAUCCAUUCACAUCUUAUUCGGGCUGGGGAGAAGUGGAAGGAGUCCUGGACCUAAGGAGACCCAUUCGUUCCGGUUUUAGAACUGAAAGUCCUGUCUCCCGGGAACCUUCUCAGUCCUGGGCAACCCAGGACCGCUGGACCUCGCUGGAGCAGGGCUUGCUGCAUGUUGGGGGCCGUGCUCUUCUGAGUCUUGGGAUUUCGGGACCCCAAGGAGGAGGCCUCAGGGCAUCGUGGUUGAGAGCACGAGCUUAGCACCAGAAGCACUGUGUGUGACCUGAUGCAAGUUACUUAUCCUUCCUCAUCUGCCACAAGGGAAUGCUGUAGAACCUAACUCACAGGACCGUGGACAAGAUUCAAAACCGGUUGUGAAGAGAGACUAUUAAAUCAUUUAACUAAAAAUGGUAUUUUUUACUUGCAAUGCAUGUGGUGAAUCAGUGAAGAAAGUACAAGUGGAAAAGCAUGUGGCUAUUUGCAGAAAUUGUGAAUGCCUGUCUUGCAUUGACUGUGGUAAAGAUUUCUGGGGCAAUGACUACAAAAACCAUGUGAAAUGCAUAAGCGAAGAUCAGAAAUAUGGUGGCCGGGGUUACGAAGGUAAAACCCACAAAGGUGAUAUUAAACAGCAGGCGUGGAUCCAGAAAAUUAGUGAAUUAAUCAAAAGACCCAAUGUCAGCCCCAAAGUGAGGGAACUUUUGGAACAAAUUAGUGGCUAUGACAAUGUUCCAAGGAAAAGGGUAAAAUUUCAGAAUUGGAUGAAGAACAGUUUAAAAGUUCAUAAUGAACCUAUUCUGGACCAGGUGUGGAAUAUCUUUUCUGAAGCUUCCAGCAGUGAGCCAGUCGGUAGGGAGCAAGAUAAACAGCCACUCAAGCCGGUGGCCGACCCGCGUGCAGAGCUGGCUGCCACGGCCCCAGCCUCCAAAACCGAUGAAACCACCGAAGAGCAGGCAGAGGUGAAGAAGAAUAAGAGGGAAAGGAAGGAGGAGCGGCAGAAGAAGAGAAAAAAAGAAAAGAAAGAACUAAAAUUAGCAAACCAGCAAGAAAACGCAAGAAGUCAAAAGCCUAAAAAGCACAAAAAGGGGCAGGAGGCUGAGCUUGAGGCUGAAGGUGAGGAGACCCUCGAGGCCAACGGCUCAGCAAAGAAGAAAAGCAAGAAGAGGCGCAAGGGGGUGAGCGAGGAAGACCCCGACGAGGAAGAGACAGAGCCGGGUGCCGGGAGAAGAAAGCGGAAGCACUCUGAAGUUGAAGUAGAUUCUAAAAAGAAAAAGAUGAAGUUCCCAGGACAUUCUGAAGAUGGAGAAACGGAAGACCAUGAAGCUCCCGUGAAAGGUAAAUUUAACUGGAAGGGAACUAUUAGAGCAGUUCUGAAACAGGCCCCAGACAAUGAAAUAGCAGUCAAAAAGCUAAGGAAAAAGGUUUUAGCUCAGUAUUACACGGUGACGAAUGAACAUCACAAAUCUGAAGAGGAACUUCUGGCCAUCUUUAAUAAGAAAAUCAGCAAAAACCCCACCUUUAAAUUAUUAAAGGACAAAGUCAAGCUUUUGAAGUGAACAUUUUUAUAGUCUAGUAAUCCAUUCUGUCAUUGACUUAUUCCUGUCACUACUGUUUUUAAAACAUGUCAUGAAUUAUAGCAACACAAAUUUGCUUUCCAGAGCUGUAUUUUUAAGUUAAGGAGAAAAUAUAUUUUUUGUAGCGCUGUUAUGAAAAAAUAAAAUAUAUUCUUGUCCAAAAUUCUAAA